GCCCGCCCCUGCCACCCCCGGCGCGGUAAGAUGGCGGCCGCGGCUCAGGCGCUGAGCGGCUCCGGGCUGCUCCUGGCCGCUGCCGCCCUCGCCCUCCUGGCCGUGGCCAUCGGCACCGAUUCCUGGUACGAGACGGACGCGCGGCGGCACCGUGAGCGCUGCCGCGGCUUCGGCCACAAGCGCAGCGACCCGCCCGGCUCCAUGUCGGCGCCCAGCUCGCACCUGCCGCUCCGCGCCCGGCCCCCGCGGGCCCUGCUGCCCGGGCGGCCCCCGGCCCCCGCCCCGGCCGCUGCCGCCGCCGCUCUGGACUCGCACUGCGGUCGCCGCUUCAACUCCACCGUCUCGGGGCUCUGGAGGCGCUGCCACCGCGCGGGCUACGAACCGGACAGCGAGGAGCUCAUCCGGAAAGGAGUUAUUCAGCGCUGCACUGCUGUGAAGUACCACUACACCUCCAGCUCUCUGCCUCGCAACCUGCCCGUCAACAUCACAAACACCAUCCGGCAGGACGAGUGGCACGCGCUCCAUCUGCGGAGGAUGACAGCAGGCUUCAUUGGCAUGGCAGUCUCCAUCAUCCUGUUUGGGUGGAUCAUUGGUGUGCUGGGCUGCUGCAAACAGCAGGAGCUCAUGCAGUACGUGGCUGGGCUGCUCUUCCUCAUGGGUGGCACGUGCUGCAUCAUCUCACUCUGCACCUGUGUGGCUGGGAUCAAUUUUGAGUUGUCCCGCUACCCUCGCUACGUCUAUGGGCUGCCAGAGGACAUCAGUCAUGGCUAUGGCUGGUCCAUGUUCUGUGCCUGGGGGGGCCUGGGCCUCACGCUGCUGGCUGGGUUCCUCUGCACAUUGGCCCCAUCACUCAACACUUCCCGGGCAUCCGUACAAAAACCCAGACAGGAAAAUGGGGCUGUGUGACCACAGCGGGAGCGAGGAGAGACUCUGGAAAGUGCGGUCUGGGCAGAGCUGUGUGGAGAGCUGAGCCAGAGCUGUGGGACUA